AUGGCCUCACUGGUCUCCUGUUUUCAAACCAGGUCACCAUUUUUAGGCGACAGACGAAGUCGGUUCAAUGUCUCAACCAAGCCAUUUCCUCAAGUGUGUUUCUCCGGUAAGACCAUUGAAUGCAAGGAAUCAAGGAUAGGGAAGCAACCAAUCGCUGUACCGUCCAACGUAACCAUUUCAUUACAAGGCCAAGACUUGAAAGUGAAGGGUCCUUUGGGAGAGCUCGCUUUAACUUUCCCACCGGAAGUUGAGCUUACCAAAGAAGACUCUGGUUUCCUAAGGCUCAGAAAAACCGUGGAAACUAGAAGAGCCAACCAAAUGCAUGGCCUUUUCAGGACGCUUACGGAUAACAUGGUUGUGGGAGUAUCAAAGGGAUUUGAGAAAAAACUUGCGCUCAAAGGUGUUGGUUAUCGUGCGACAGUCCAAGGCAAAGAGUUGGUGCUGAAUGUCGGGUUUUCUCACCCGGUUAAGAUGGAGAUACCAGAUAGUCUCAAAGUGAAUGUGCAAGAGAAGGUGAUGAUUAUUCAACAAGGUCAAAAACCCAAAGAUGGUACGAUAAUAACGGUGAGUGGAUUUGAUAAGUGUGAGAUUGGGGAGUUUGCUGCUAUGGUUAGGAACUGUAGGCCGCCAGAGCCAUACAAAGGUCAUGGAGUGUCGUAUUAUGAUGAGAUCGUUCGGAUGAAGGAAGGAAAAGUUUCGAAGAAGUGA